AAUGUACGAUUUUUUUGAAGUCUAUUUUGUUGAUUUAAGUGGACUGCAAUUUGCUAUGAACUAUUUUAAGCAGGGUGCGCAGGUUUAACCGAAGUUAACUUGCUUAUGUUGUGAUGUCUUAAAGAGCACUUAGCACUUUUGUAAUUUUGCCGCAUCUGUAAUCUCUCAUUACAAUCUUUGCAGCUUGUCUAUGAUAAAUGCACCAUUCAUAGACAAGAAAAAGCGAAAACAAUCAGUCAAAACAUUGCAAAAAAACAUUAUCUAAAUUAAAACAAUUAAAAAUUUCAUAUAAACUAAUUCGAGAGCUGUGCUAUUAUGUCGAGCAUAAAUUAUACAACUCGGAUUGAAGGCCAAACGAGGAUCAAUACCAUACUAUGGACUGUUCCAAAUUUUAUUAACCUGUUAGAAAAUAGAAGCUGUCGAGAAUUCAGAACAGACAAAUCAAAAGAUCACACCUUGGAGAUCAUAGAGUCAAGAUUCCAAUUGAAAAUGCAAUUCCUUGGACGUGAUAACGAUAUUAUUGAAAUAUACUAUCUAUCUCCUAACUCGGUGUUUUUAAAAUCUAUUUUAACUAUAUGCCUAAAACGUUUUGAAGAACGUUCAAUAGUUAUUAAAGAAUAUCACACCGUUCAUGCAAAUAAAUGGCAAUAUUUAGCUACAUUAUUUAAAAGGGACAUUGCUAGUUACGAUGGUCGUGACAUAUUUUUGUUAAGUGACGGAAGCUUGCGCUUAAAAUUCCAAUUUUUGGUAUCUAAUGAUAUAAAAAUCGAUCGCUCUAAUGUUUUCGAAGCUCAACUGAGUAACGAUAUUGAGAAUCUUCUUCAUAAUGGUAUGUUUUCUGAUGUAACAAUGAAGUCUGUUGAAGGAGAUGAGUACAAAGUCCAUAAAGCUGUACUUUCUAGUAGGAGUGCUGUACUUAAGGCUCAUUUUGAGCAUAACACAACUGAAUGUUUUACUAAUAGUAUAGAGUCGCCAUUAGAGGCCGAGGUACUUAGGGAAGUUCUUACGUUCAUAUAUAGUGACAAAGCACCAAAGGUUGAUGAAAUUCCAGAGAAACUCCUAGCAGCGGCAGACUAUUACCAAUUGAGCAGACUUAAGGGCUUAUGUGAGGAGGCGCUGCACAAAAAAUUAACAGUUGACAAUGCAAUUGAGACACUACAAUUGGCUGAUUUACAUUCAGCUAAGACACUGAAGCAAUUAACAUUAGAGUUUAUAAAAGAUGGUCAAGCAAAACUUAUUACAAAGACUGAAGGGUGGGCUAAAGUGAAAUCUGUUGAAUUAAUUAAAUGUAUUUAUGAGUAUAUAAUGACAGAUGAUGCGGAAGCUGAUAUAAAGUAAAUAAUAAUUAUAUAUUCUUACUUUUGAAUGAAAUUUAAAUAUAUAGUAGUAUGUUGAAAGAUGUUAUGAAUUAGAGUUGGUAUCUACAAAGGGAUGAAGAACUGAGCAGAUAUAUAUUUUAUAGUGUUAAAAUUUGUAAUCAUUCAUAUACUAAAUGCCUUCUAUUUACGAUAUUCAAUGUCAUAAUAAAUAAAAGCAAUAUUAGGACUACUGGUAGCUUAUAUAGAUUGCAUUUAUGUAUAUUUAAAGCUAGAAGUAUAUAGCUUAUGUGCCACUAAUUACCUUUUAUAUAAGUACAAAGUUAACAUAACUCCAAUUUGGAGAUUUUAAAGUAUUUAUCACUUUUGCAUUAUUAAACUAAUUACUCUUUGAUAUUAUAAAUAAUUAAAUUAAAUUUUCAUGUAUAUAUCUCUCUUGGGGUAGUCUACCUAGUUUUGUCUUCGUUUCAUUGUUUUUUCUUUACAAUUAAUUAUAUUUAUCAAUUAUUUUUUUGAAGAUCAGCCUUCCAGAAUUAAUGAUGAACAAGAAAAUUACAUAUGUGGUUAGUAUUAAUACAGUAAGCCAGCUAUGGAGUAAUAUGUAAAAAAAAGUAUAUUUGAGAACAUUAUACAUUAGUAAUGGUCUAGAACUUGGUGAAUAUGCAUAUAACAAGCAAUUGAAAGAAAUAUAUUUAUAAUGCAUUAGUU